GUGGCACCCGCUCCCCGCCCGCGCCCUUUCACAGUCUGGUCGGCGGUGCGGGCGGCAGGCGCCGCUGUGAGAGCUCCGCUCCCGGCGCGGUGUCGCUCGUUGGGAAAUGGGCCCUUCUGUCAUCAGCCAGCGCUGAUUCAAACUUACCGGAUGCGCAGGGAGCGCUCAGUGAGCUCCCGAGGGAACUGGGGACAGGAAGGACCUGCGCUCUACCCGGCCCAGCUCCCUGUGAGGAUCGUAAACUCCUUUCUGGUUUGUUUUUCUGAAGAAUCCAUUAGAAGAGCCUAUAAAUCUGGUGGAAAAUGGCCUUCAGUGAUCUUACAUCGAGGACUGUGUAUUUUUACGAUAAUUGGAUCAAAGAUGCUGAUCCAAGAGUUGAAGAUUGGCUCCUCAUGUCCUCACCUCUGCCACAGUCCAUCAUCUUGGGACUCUAUGUUUAUUUUGUCAUGUCUCUGGGACCAAGGCUCAUGGAGAAUCGAAAGCCCUUUGAACUCAAGAAAGCGAUGAUAACGUACAAUUUUUUAAUAGUACUCUUUUCUGUGUAUAUGUGUUAUGAGUUUGUGAUGUCUGGCUGGGGGACAGGUUAUUCAUUUGGAUGUGAUAUUGUUGACUAUUCACAGUCACCCAGAGCUCUGAGGAUGGUACACACCUGCUGGCUUUAUUACUUCUCCAAAUUUAUUGAGCUGUUAGACACUAUCUUUUUUGUUCUGCGUAAGAAGAAUAGCCAAGUGACUUUCCUUCAUGUCUUCCAUCAUACCAUCAUGCCAUGGACCUGGUGGUUUGGAGUCAAAUUUGCCCCAGGUGGUUUGGGAACAUUCCAUGCCUUUGUGAACACAGCUGUGCAUGUAGUGAUGUAUACAUACUAUGGGCUGUGUGCAAUGGGACCAGCCUACCAGAAGUAUUUGUGGUGGAAAAAACAUUUGACAUCUUUGCAGCUUAUCCAGUUUGUUAUUGUCACCAUCCACAUGGGCCAUAUCUUUCUCAUGGAGGAUUGCAAGUACCAGUAUCCAGUCUUUAUGUACAUUAUUAUGUCAUAUGGGUGCAUUUUUCUGCUCCUUUUUCUUCAUUUUUGGUACUGUGCUUACACCAAGGGUCAGAGGCCACCAAAAACUAUAAAAAAUGGAAACUAUAAAAACAAACAGUACUAAAAUACAGUACAACAUGAAUCUACGAUUGAGACUGAUACCUUGUCUUCCUUGACAAUCAAGAGAUAUUUACCUAUGCAAUGCAUUUUGUAUAUUUUUUCAAAAUCAAGACCUUGUCUUUUUAUGAUAAAUUAUUGGGAUUUCUGAUAUUUAAGAGUUCAAAGCUUCCAAACAAGUCUUCUGAUAAAAGCCUAGAGCAGCCAGAAUUUUCUCAGCUGCUUUUAAAUCUAACUGAAAGCUUUUGUUUAAUAUAUUUUGAUACAAUAAAAGGAGGAUGUGAAGCAACACAGUACUCUUCAAAGACAUCCAGUAGAGAUGAAAAAUAUUAGCUAUUUUGAUCACGAACAGAGAUCCGCAGAGUACGCUAGAUUCCUUCUGCCAGGUUGGUAAACUUCUGACUGUGACUCUGAUUCUGUCACUUGUUGACUGCAUUCAGAAGAUGUUGUAUUUACUCUGGAGUUCAGUUACUAUUCUGAAGUGCUAACACGGGUAAACAUUAAUUGAAUUUUUAAUAAGUUGUGAUUUGAAAUCACUAAUGAUAAAUUUUAAUGGAUCUUUUGAACAGCUUCCAUCAAUUUUGCUGGUAAAGCUUUCUCACGACGCUUUUGUUAUACAGACUGUUUCAAGGUAGCAGUGCUUUCUCUUACUUACACGGUUACACUUGACAUUAAGGUGAAGUUAACAUUAGUUUGGAAACAAGCUGAUUCUUUUGAUGGGCCACUAUCGUUUUACAAAUAACUUUUAUAUAUCUGCACCCAGGUGAAUGUAUCAAUGAAACUGUGUAGUUAGUGGAAAGAUAUGAUUUGUUGUAUUAUGUCACUUUCUUAUGUUAUCAUGGUUUAGAGGAUUAUCUCAUUUAAAUAUUGGUUACAUACUUAAAUGUUUAUAUUAUUAGCAUACUGUAGGUACUUUUAAAUCACAAAUAAUUUUAGGCCACUCAUUAUACUGUUUCCAGACAGGGUUUGAGUAGCUUAUCGUGCAGCGGAGGCAGGUGGUAGCAUAGAGAGUAUCUAGGAGAAUAUUUGGUCUAUAAGUAAGGGCUCUUCUACUUUGAGAAACUGACAGACUGCAUUAUAGUAUCAUAUAUAUCUAGUAUUAUAAAUACACUGCAUGUGAAAGUAUUUUCCAGAAUUGUGAAUUGGUCUAGUUUUUCAGACCUUUUAUAAACCAUAUAAUGAAUGGCUAAAAUUCAUUUACCAUAGGUUUUUGUUUUUCCUUUAAAAUUGUGACUCCUAGAUUUAUCUUGUUCUCAUAUUUUCUUGUUGGAAAACCAAAACUACCAAUCAGUAGAGUUUUGUCCAAGAAAUAGCUACAUUUGGAUAUUUGUGGAUCUUUCCUUAUUGUUUUUUCUCAUUAUACUCAAUUUUGAAGGACUGUUUGUGUGUGAAAGACUUUAAACAAUUGGUACUUAUGGCCCAGAUUAUUGUGUAACAUACAGUAGUACUUAUUAUACAACAAAGACUGCAUUUUCACUGAUUGUACAUCUCUAGUUCUGUCUUCCUUCUAGUCCAUUUUUGUAUAACAUAGCCUGCAUCUUCACAUUUACCAAAUUUAUAAGGCCAUUAAGUGACUGUUAGUGAUUUCAUUGCUAUAUUAUGAAAAGAUGAGGACUGAUAAAUGGGGGAAUUUCCUAUUUUUACAAAAUAAAGAACAGGAGAAUAGCUAAAAGACAUAGCUGCUUUAGUUUAUUUCAGUGUGAAGGUCUCAGGGUUGCUUCAUUGUUUUCCUGUUUUAGCUCCUGGUACCCAGCCUGCGCUAAAAUGAGAAGGUGUGGUAGGUGCUGUUAUACAUAUGUAUAGUUCCCAAAGACCUAAGUAGGGUAAAGGUCAAAUGGAAACAAAAGUAAGAAAUAAAACAGGAGAGUUUAUUUUGUUCUGACUCACAUUGUAUAAUCUCACCUAACCUCCCUGUUUGACUUGUGCAUUGUGAUACAGCUCAGUGGUAGAACAGUUUCCUGUUAUGAGUGAGGGGCUAUGUUAGAUCCCCAGCCCUGCAAAGAAAGAAGGGAGGGAGGAAAGAAGGGAGGGGGGAAAGACAGAGAGGGAGGAGUUUGACUUGUCUAUGAACCAACAGGAAUAUGUAGUGAAACCACAUUCUAAAUUCUAGGAAUAAAAGUGGGGAGGUAGAGUGUUUACAUGAAAACAGAUCACAACUGGCAGAGGUACUCUCCAUGUAAUCAUCAGUAGAUCAAAAUGAAUGUCACUAGAUAUGGAAUUUGUGUGGGUGAUGUUUUGUUCAAAGGGUUCUGGGUGGUCAAACAGAAUUUCUCUCUGUGUUCCAUUCCACUUUCCAGGACUUUAUUGACUUUGGGUUUGCUUACUUAACAAGCAAAAA